UUCGUAAAAUUUCUAUCAAGCUGCGCGGUUGCGGAGCGGAUGAUUGAAAAGUUUUCUUAGAGCUCGGCUCGGAAUCUGUCGAAUUUUUGUGUUUUUCACACACAUAACAAAUCCUUAAUCCGAAAAUAUAGAACCCGGAUCUCGGAAGUAAAAAUCGGGAAAAGAAUAAUAUCAGACUGUGUUUAUUAGUGUUUUGUGACUGGUGCGUGUGCGUACUAACUGUAACUGCAAGAAAAUAAAAAUAUAUAAAAAAUUGCAUAAAUUGUUAAUUGUCGUUAAAGUGAAACCACAAGUGAAGCGUGGAAAGAAACAAACAGAGCGAUAAUUAGUCGAAAGAAAAGAAAAGAAACAAAAUCUCAAGUGAGAAAGCGAGCCAAUGCGAGAGAUGAGUGGAGGAUAGCGGCUGACAAAAACAUUCAGUUUACCGUUGUUUUUCACCGUCUUCCCAUCUUCAGAGCAGCAGAGCCUCCCUCCCACGGAGCGGAGGAGCCCGGCCUACCCAUGAAAUGUAAAAGUUGGUCCAAUAAACUCAAUAACUUUGUCGUCCGGAAACUAAAGUCCAUCAAGAUUAACGGAGCACAGCAACAGCAACAGCUCCAGUCGUCACCAAGCAGCGGGGCCAGCAUCGCAGGGGCAUCUGUUGUCUCAGUCGCCGCCAGCAGCAGCGGUUGCAGCAGCAGCGACAUCAUCAUCAGCGAUCCACAGCUCAGUAUUGGUGGCAGCAGCACAGCAGCAACGGCGCCAACAGCGGCUACCAUGCCGGCUAUGGCCAAGGAGAAGGCCACAGCAGCACCAGUAUCCUUGGGCGAGACAAACUAUCGUGAACUGAACCUAACCGAACUGGCCGUGGUGAUGGCCACCACUACCAUGGCGGCCCAGCGGCUGCAGCAUCACAAGCAUCAGACCCAACAGCAGCCGGUGGCGACGGCGGCGGUGCAUGUGUGUGGAUGCGGCACUGCCUCGGCGGCCACGGAGAGCAACAAUAACAACAACAGUCGCUACGGAAGUGGCAACAAGUGUAUGACAAACGGUCACACCUCCCCAUUGGCGGCGGCAGUUGCCAGCAACAGUACCUCGGUGGCCACAACGCCGCAGUGCAGCAACUUGUGCUGUCGGCAACCCUAUCAGAUAUUGAAUAUGUUGCAACAACAACAACAACAGCCUCCACAACAUCAACAACAACAACAACAGAAUCCUGCAGCCCGAAGAUCACCAAAUGAUUUCAUCUUUGGACGAUACAUUGGCGAGGGUAGCUUCAGUAUGGUGUACCUGGCGGUGGACAUUCACUCCAAGCGCGAAUAUGCAAUUAAAGUAUGUGAGAAGAGACUGAUCCUGCGGGAGCGGAAGCAGGAGUACAUCAAGCGAGAGCGCGAGGUCAUGCACAUGAUGAGCAACGUGCCCGGUUUUGUGAGCCUAUCGUGCACGUUCCAGGACCAGCGAUCCCUCUACUUCGUAAUGACCUAUGCCCGCAAGGGUGACCUGCUGCCCUACAUUAACCGUGUCGGCUCCUUUGAUGUGGCCUGCACGCGGCACUAUGCCGCCGAGCUGCUCCUGGCCUGCGAGCACAUGCACCGCCGCAACGUAGUCCAUCGCGAUCUGAAGCCAGAGAACAUCCUGCUCGACGAGGACAUGCACACUCUCAUCGCCGAUUUCGGAUCGGCCAAGGUGAUGACUGCCCACGAAAGGGACCAGGCGGCGGAGCACUGCUCUGAGCAGAGGCGUCAGCAGCACUCCGACGAGGAUGACGAGGACAUCGACAGGGCGGACAAUGAUGAGGACGAGUAUUAUGACCGCGACUCCGAGGAGUUGGACGAGAUUGAUGGCGAGGAGCAGCAGAACGAGAUGGAUUCGCCGCGGCAUCGCGGACAGAGGCGCUCCGCCCGCCACAGGAGCAGAAGGAGCAGCUUCGUGGGCACCGCCCAGUACGUUUCCCCGGAAGUGCUGAAAAACGGACCCAUCACGCCGGCGGCCGAUCUGUGGGCCUUGGGCUGCAUCAUCUACCAAAUGAUCUCCGGGCUGCCACCGUUCCGCGGCAGCAACGACUACAUCAUCUUCAAGGAGAUCCUCGACUGCGCCGUCGACUUCCCCCAGGGCUUUGACAAGGACGCCGAGGACCUGGUCCGCAAGCUGCUCAAGGUCGACCCCCGCGACCGCCUGGGCGCCCAAGACGAGUUCGGCUACUACGAGAGCAUCCGGGCUCAUCCAUUCUUCGCCGGCGUCAACUGGCAGACGGUUCGCCAGGAGACCCCGCCACCCAUCUACCCCUACCUGCCGGGCGUCAGCCAGGACGAGGACAUCCGCUCCAGUUACAGCGUGCCUGGGGAUCUGGAGCCGGGUCUGGACGAGCGCCAGAUCUCGCGACUGCUCAGUGCCGAGCUGGGCGUGGGCAGCAGCGUGGCCCAGCCCGCCAAGCGAUCGACUGCCAAAAACUCCUUUGACCUAAGCGAUGCCGAGAAGCUGCAACGGCUGGAGCAGCAGAAGACUGACAAGUGGCAUCACUUUGCCGACGGCGAGGUGAUCCUCAAGAAGGGCUACAUAAACAAGCGGAAGGGUCUGUUUGCUCGCAAGAGGAUGCUCCUGCUGACCACUGGGCCCCGGCUCAUAUACAUAGAUCCGGUGGCGAUGAUCAAGAAGGGUGAGAUACCCUGGAGCCCAGAGCUGCGGGCCGAGUACAAGAACUUCAAGAUCUUCUUUGUCCAUACGCCAAAUCGCACCUACUACCUGGACGAUCCCGAGGGCUAUGCCAUUCACUGGUCCGAGGCCAUUGAAAAUAUGCGCAAGCUUACCUACGGCGAGGGUACCAUUAACAGCACCACCUCCUCCUCCACAUCCGCGGCAGCUUCGGCAACAGCAUCCUGUUCCAGUGGUAGCACCAAUAGCCUGUCUGUCGCCAACACCACGGCGGCCACUUCAAGCAGUUCAAGCCCAACGGCACGACGCAGUUCGCCGGUUAGCACGUCAAAGUCCUCAGCAUCAGUUACGUCAGCGGGUAGCCACCGGACAACCAGCACCAGCAGCAGCAGUAGCAGAACAGGGACAUCUCCUAGCAAAAAAACGGCGUCCAAGUGAGCCUAAGGAUGUGCCCCCUCACCCCCCUUAGAUGUAGCAACGUGAAAUUAAAUUCUAAUUUAGUGGAAAUUUAGUGCAAAGAAUAGAACGAGGAUACAGCCCGGGAAUUAGAUUAGGAUGACGCUGGAAUAAUGCGUAGGAUUAGGACUAGGACUAGCAUAUGUAGCCAUAGGAGUAGGUGAUAAUGCGGAACUAAUGUUCGUGUCUUUAGUGCUAAUUAGAACCCAAUUUAUGUUUAUCAUUUGUGCUUAGGCGAAGAAUACUAAACUAAAACUAAAACUAAACUAAAACUAAAACUAAAACUAAACUAAUCGAUAUGCUAAAGUAAACUAGUAACGGCUAAGUAAAUUCAAUUUGAUCUUAAAUUAAAUAUUUAUAUGAAACAUACAUAAAUACAUAGACUUGUACUAGUGUA